AGUUUUCGCCUCGCGCAGCGUCCUCGAUACACUCGCCGUGCUGCGAGCCCAAUUGCACCGGACUAUUGGCCAACACACGCAGACGAACGCUUGCGACAUGUCGACGACGACAACCACGACCACGACUACGACCACGGCGGCGGCGACGACACUGCGCGGGCGGGCCAUGGAGCGCAAGGGCGCGCUGGGCGCCGUCGAGACGCGGGACCAGCGCGAGGUGCGGCGCCGCGAGGCCCACGAGGCUGACAUUGUCAUCGUGGGCGCGGGCGUGCUGGGCUGCGCGGCGGCGGCGGCGUUUGGCAAGCAGGGCCGCAGCGUGCUGCUGCUGGAGCGCAGCCUCAAGGAGCCCGACCGCAUCGUGGGCGAGCUGCUGCAGCCCGGCGGCGUGCGCGCGCUCGAGGAGCUGGGGCUGCGAGACUGCCUCGACGGCAUCGACGCCAUCCCCUGCCACGGCUACCAGAUCGACUUUCACCGCGAGGCCGUGCACAUCCCCUACCCCGACGACCUGGUCCCCAACGCGCCCGCCCGCCCCGAGGGCCGCUCCUUCCACCACGGCCGCUUCAUCCGCAAGCUGCGCGAGGCCGCCCGGGCCGCGCCCAACGUCACCGUCGUCGAGACCACCGUCACCGACGUGGUCAAGGACUCGUACACGGGGCAGAUCCUGGGCGUCGAGGCCCAGACGGCCGGCAGGCCCGACUACUACUUCGGCGCGCUGACGCUCGUCGCCGACGGCUACGCCUCCAAGUUCCGCAAGGGCUACAUCAACGCCACGCCCGAGGUGCGCUCCAAGUUCUGGGCGCUCGAGCUCAUCGAUGCCGACCUGCCGCGCCCCAACCACGGCCACGUCGUGCUGAGCGACGCGCCGCCCAUCCUCAUCUACCAGAUCGGCACCCACGAGACGCGCAUCCUGAUCGACGUGCCCGAGGGCUGCCCGACCGCCGCCGUCAAGGCCGGCGGCAUCAAGAACCACAUGCUGAACGUCGCCCUGCCCGCACUCCCCCCCAGCGUGCAGCCCUCGUUCCGCCGCGCACUCGCAGAGGGCAAGCUGCGCAGCAUGCCCAACAGCUUCCUCCCGCCCGCCACCCAGAAGACGCCCGGCAUGCUCAUCCUCGGCGACGCCAUGAACAUGCGCCACCCGCUGACCGGCGGCGGCAUGACGGUCGCGCUCAACGACGUGCUGCACCUCUCGCGCCUGCUCUCUCCCUCGGCCGUCCCCAACCUCGAAGACACAUCCGCCGUGCUGGCCGCCGCGCGCCAGUUCCACUGGCAGCGCAAGGACUCCUCCAGCGUCAUCAACAUCCUCGCCAUGGCCCUGUACAGCCUGUUCGCCGCCGACGAGCCCGCACUGCAAGCACUACAGAACGGGUGUUUCCGCUAUUUCCAGCGCGGCGGCAAGUGCGUGUCCGAGCCGUGCGGGCUGCUUUCUGGUUUGAUCCGCAAACCGGCGGUCUUGGUAUACCACUUUUUUGCGGUUGCGUUCUAUGCGAUUUGGUGCAAGGCGGCGACGGGGCCCGUGUGGCGGAUACCGUACGUGCUCUUCGUGGAGAGCGUGCUGAUCAUUUGGAAGGCGUGUGUGGUUAUCGGGCCGUAUCUGCUUGCGGAGAUGAAGGCGUAGAUGGAGAGGGACAGGUGCAUUUACGGCGUUUAGGAUGGACAUGGGCAUUGGCAUUGGGUUGGGUUGGUACGCUAUGUGUAUG